AUGACCAUCACCAGCGCCAUAACGAAAUCAUCCGUCAAGGACAGCAUCUGCUCUCCAGAAAACCGAAAGCACCUGUUCCCAUACAGCUACGCCCACAGCACCAUCAAAGGCGAAAUAAACUAUCUCCGCUUCCCCUCUCUCAAUCUGAACAAGUAUCAACAGCAAAGAUGCUUCAGCCAUACCUCGACCGAACCUCAGUUUGAACGGCCUGACCAUGCAGUCGAGCUAUUCCCCCAAGCCGCCGGGCUCCCAUGGCCCACUGCUGUCCAGGCUGCAGCUCAGAACAAAUACUGGGAGAUCUGCAUUAACGCUUGCAAAGAUAUACUGGAGCUAUUCUCCCAGGACGAGACGACAAAGGGACUGGUGAGUGCUGGAAAAUCGUUGACGGAGAUCACGCAGAAGGAACUGGCUCGUGGAUUCGAGCAUGGAUUUGUGGCAUUCGCGAUAUUCGUGUAUCCUUUUGCGGAGCCCAGACGGGCAAAGCCGGUGGCUGAUGCGAAUGCCUACGUGUUCAUUCUGGAUGGUGUAGUUUUGGGAUGGCAUAUCGUCCAGGAAAAAUUCGUCAGCCGCAUGCGACCCGGCUUCAGACCAGACAAAUCAUCCCGAACAGCAGUCGAAGCCAGAAUCGACGAGACGAUCGAGCAAUGCGACGAGAUAGACCGAGAAUCCGGAACAAACAGCGCCAGAGACAUGAUCAACCAGUUGGUCUAUUUCUACGACAAGCCCGCUCCACCAAAAGAGUACUCAACCGUAAGGGAGUACAUGGACUACAGGACUCGGGAUGUCGCAGUGACUUUGAUCAUAGCAUCGGCCAGAUGCAGCAUUGUCUCCUCCGUCGACUAUCACGAUCCCAAGUUCGCGCCGGUCAUCCAACUGAUUGCAGAUCAAAUCCUGUUGCAAAAUGACAUUGCGUCUUUCGAAAAGGAGAAACGUGCGUUUGAUACAGGAAAAGCGCAUACGUUUAUCAAUUGCGUGCAUGUGGUCAAAACCCUCAUGGGCGUUAGCUAUGAAGACGCCCUCGAACUGUCACUGGCGGCUCAGCUGCAGACGGAGACUAAGCUUGAUACUGAAAUCGAUAGACUGAUUUCUGAGGAUGUUUUGACCGCCGAGGAAUGGAGGUUUGUGGAUGGAAUAUUGUAUGCCAUGACGGGUAAUGCAAUGGGUUCGGUGAUUAUUUCGAGGUAUGGUGGAGAGAAGACCAGACUGUCAUAG